GACACUGCAAACAGCUUUUGGUUUGGAGGAGUAGCAUCCAGGCUUUGCUAUACGGAAAAGGCUGAAAUGCAAACUAUUUUUUAUCAGAAUCGCAGGAAUUGUGAUGGAAGGACAAUCCACGGAGCAGAGAAGCGAUGGCUUUGAGGAGGGUUCGUGUGUCUCCUCAGCCAGAGGCGACUGGCUGAUACUGGGACACCUGCUGGGCUUUCUCUCUGUUGGUCCUGCCCAUAGCCUGAAAUGGGGAGGAUCAACAUCUCAUGUUUGCUUCCUGCUUCCUGGCACUUCAGCAUCUCUCCUGUGGGAUGUCCACGUAUUUUCAACACCACUUUGCGACAGAUUGUUGUUAUUGGAAUACUUGCUGCUGCUGUCUCUUUGCUUUACUAUUCUGUGGUUGUCAUCUGGAAUAAGUAUGGACGUGCCUACAGGGAUAAAAGAUUCCACAGAUAUCUUGCCCGAGUAACUGAUACUGAGGCUACUGAUACAAACAAUCCAAAUCUGAACUAUGGAAUCGUUGUGGAUUGUGGCAGCAGCGGCUCUAGAAUCUUUGUGUAUUGUUGGCCAAGGCACAAUGGUAACCCACACGACCUGUUGGACAUCAAACAGAUGAGGGACAAAAACAGAAAACCAGUGGUUAUGAAAAUUAAACCAGGCAUUUCAGAGUUUGCUAGCUCUCCUGAGAAGGUCAGUGAUUACAUUUCUCCACUUCUGAGCUUUGCUGCUGAGCAUGUACCUCGUGCAAAACACAAAGAGACUCCUCUUUAUAUUCUGUGUACUGCAGGAAUGAGGAUUCUACCAGAAAGCCAGCAGAAGGCAAUACUUGAGGAUCUGCUCACUGAUAUCCCUGUACAUUUUGACUUCCUGUUCUCGGACUCGCAUGCAGAGGUUAUUUCUGGGAAACAGGAAGGAGUAUAUGCAUGGAUUGGCAUCAACUUUGUUCUUGGAAGAUUUGAACAUACAGAUGAUGAGGAUGAAGCAGUUGUGGAGGUGCAUGUCCCAGGCAGUGAAAACAAGGAGGCCAUCUUUCGUAAGAGGACAGUGGGUAUUCUUGACAUGGGCGGAGUGUCGACUCAGAUAGCAUACGAAGUUCCUAAAACUGUAAGCUUUGCCUCUUCACAGCAGGAGGAGGUAGCCAAAAACUUACUAGCAGAAUUCAACUUGGGCUGUGAUGCUCAUCAAACUGAACAUGUAUAUAGAGUCUACGUUGCAACAUUCCUUGGCUUUGGAGGGAAUGCAGCACGCCAGAGAUAUGAAGACAGUCUAUUUACCAGUACCUUAUUUAAAAACAGGCUGCUGGGCAAACAGAUUGGUAUGACUUCUGAUUCACCCUACUUAGAUCCUUGCCUGCCCCUGGAUGCUCAGGAUGAGAUUCAGCAAAAUGGACAGAUAAUGUAUUUGCGUGGAACAGGAGACUUUAGUAUGUGCCGUGAAGUUAUUCAACCCUUCAUGAACAAAACCAAUGAAACCCAGACAUCUCUGAAUGGUGUUUAUCAGCCUGCCCUGCACUUUCAGAACAGCGAGUUCUAUGGCUUCUCAGAGUUCUACUACUGUACUGAGGAUGUAUUACGCAUGGGAGGAGACUACAAUGCUGCUAAGUUUAUUAAAGCUGCAAAGGAUUAUUGUGCCACUAAGUGGUCUGUCCUGCGAGAACGUUUUGACCGUGGUCUUUAUGCAUCACAUGCUGAUCUCCACAGAUUGAAGUACCAGUGUUUUAAGUCUGCCUGGAUGUAUGAAGUAUUUCACAAUGGCUUCUCUUUUCCUGCAAGUUACAGCAAUUUGAAAACAGCUCUGCAGGUUUAUGAUAAAGAGGUGCAAUGGACAUUGGGAGCCAUUCUUUACCGAACACGGUUUUUACCUUUAAGAGACAUCCAGCAAGAAAACUUCCGUGGAAUUCACUCCCACUGGAGGAGCUUCUCCUUUGUUUACAAUCAUUACUUGUUUUUUGUCUGUUUUCUGAUUGUGCUGCUCUCCAUUCUGCUUUACCUGCUAAGGCUGAGACGAAUUCACAGGCGAAUGUUGCGUAACAGUUCAUCCACUUCCCUAUGGAUUGAGGAAGGUCUCCCACCACAGAAGAUUCCAGGAGCCUUAUGAGAUGCUGUGAUGAAGAACUUUUAUUGGACUGCCUACAGAAAAAGCCAUUUUUGCCUCAGGGUUUCUCCUUUUUGUUCCUUUAAAUCACAGAAGAAGCAGAUCACCCCAAGUGUGGAAUUUAGCUAGGCUUUGGAAAUAUGGGAAAACAAGGUCUGCUGGGCUUUGUCUAGUUAGACAAUAUCUGCCAAAAAUUCUUUAUUUUUUUUCUUAAAUAAUGCACUUUUGUGUGUCUUGGGAAGAGUAAAGACUUGAUGUCAGCAAAUGAGUAGCAGCAGUAUAAGCUAUGUGUGUCGAGAGAACUGAGUGUGUAUUCUCCUUGGGUGGGAUUGUGAAAUAUUGUUAGCUGGGAUGAAUGACGUUUUUUUUUUUCCUUUUUUUUUUUCCUUUUUUUUUCCCUCCAGAUCCAUGCUUGGUAUUUGACUUCUCAAUUCUGAGUGUGUCCAGUCAAAGCAAAGGAAGUACAGGGUUUUUAAAAGCAGUAAGAAACAACUUUUUAGGCAGACUUUGUUUUAGAUUCUGAAAUAAGUACUGUGAUGUAGAAGAAAAAUUUAUUGCACCCAAUGCUGUGCUUCCACAAAAUUGCUUAAAUCACCACUUUGUUUUUGUGAGAGUUUCACCUCUGUUUUGGAAGCUAUAUCCAUGUAGUGGCAAAAGUCACUACCUUUUAAUCAUUAUUUCUGUUUCAUAAUCAUUAAAAGAUCUCCUUGAAGCUCCAGUAAGGUCAAAAAAACUGGAAUAUGUCUAAGCUUUUGUUUCUGCUAGAGUAGACAUGCACAGUGACUUUGUUUUUUAGUACUCUGAUUUGUUAAUUUAUAUUUUAUUUAAAACUGUUAAUUUUACUUGAAAAUAAUUUGUCCAUGAUUAAAAGUGGGAUUUAUAUGAACUUCUGAA